AUGACGAACCGCACCCUCGAGCUUGUCGGGCCCGUGGCUCCCCAGCAUCGUCUGGACGAGGCGGCCUUCGGCCACGGGCAGUCCAACCCCACGUACCUGCUGGAAGUGUCGUCCGCCCAUCAUGGCUCUCCUCCCGCCAGAUUCGUGCUCCGGAAGAAACCCCCCGGUGACUUGCUCAAGUCCGCUCACGCUGUGGAGCGAGAAUUCCAGGUGCUGGCGGCGCUGGGCUCACCGGCUGCAGGAGCAACAGUGCCCGUGCCAGCAGUGCAUGCCCUCUGCACGGACCCCUCCGUUAUAGGCACACCCUUUUACAUCAUGGACUUCGUCCCUGGCCGCAUAUUCACCGACCCAUGCCUCCCUGAUCUACCACCCGCCGCCCGGACUCAGAUCUACACCGCCAUGGCCGGCACCCUUGCCGCCCUGCAUUCCGCCCGCCUGCCCCAGCUGCAAAAAGACGGGUUCGGCCGCCCGGACAGCUACUGCCGGCGGCAGGUGGAGCGGUGGGCGAAGCAAUACGAGACAUCCGUAAAAUCCAUAGGGGAAGAGUUUAGGGAGGAGGAUGUGAAGAUGAGGGGGCUGAUUGCGUGGCUGAGGGAGAAUGUGCCUGGGGAAGAUGCAGCAGCGGAUGGGGUGAUGAGGGGCGUCGUGCAUGGGGACUUUCGCCUGGAUAACCUCGUGUUUCACCCCACGGAGCCGCGUGUGGUGGCUGUCCUGGACUGGGAGCUAUCCACCCUCGGGAACCAGAUGUCUGACGUGGCGUACUGCUGUUUGCCGUACCACCUGCCGCCAUCCCAGCCAGGAGCCAUGCUGCCAUCCCUGGGCAUCACGCAGCUGCCCGGGGGGCCACCAGCAGAGGCGCUGCCAGCUGGCAUUCCCUCAGAGGCACAGUUCGUGCAUGCCUACUGCCACGAGAUUCAGCGCCUGCAGGGCGUCAGCCUAUGGCCCGGUGACACCUGGCGUUUUUACGUGGCCCUUUCGCUUUUCCGCGGUGCUGCAAUCUUCACUGGGAUCUAUCAACGAGCACUGCAGGGCAAUGCUUCAUCCAGCAGGGCUGGUCAGGCGGGUCGUCAAGUGGCCGGCCUCAUAGCAUGCGCCCUGCACGUGGUGCAUUCGCCCUCCUCUAUCCCUUCCCUACCACCACCGCCACCACCAGCAGCAGCAGCAGCAGCAGCAGCAGCGCAAGGCAGCAGCAGCAGUAGCAGCAUCGGUGGUUCCAGCGGUGCAGGGGGCAGUGCAGGGAGUUGGGAUGGAUCCAGUGCGGUGCCAGUGUCGCCGUCCCAUCCAGUGGGGCUGGCGCCCAGCCCGCGAGCCGAGGCACUGAGGAGGCGAGUGGCGGAGUUUGUAACGCAAGAGGUGCUGCCUAUAGAGGGGAUAUUGGAGGCGCACGCAGUGAGCGAGGCACGGUGGACGAUUCACCCCCUGGUGGAGCGAUUGAAAGGGAAGGCCAAGCAGGCUGGUCUUUGGAACCUCUGGAUUCCCGCUCUGGAUGGGGGAGUGCCAGUGCCAGUGACGCCUGUCCUCCGCGACUGUCAGAGCCGCGGGCUGUUGGGGGCGGGGCUAUCGAAUCUGGACUAUGCGCACGUGUGCAAGGAGAUGGGCAAGAGCGUGUGGGCGCCUGAGCUCUUCAACUGCUCCGCCCCCGACACUGGAAACAUGGAGGUGGGGUUCAGUGCGAUGGAGUGUGGUUCAGUGGGGUGGGAUGAGGUUGAGUGCGGUGGAGUGUGGCGGAGUGCGGUUCAGUGCGGUGGGAGGGGGUGUGCUGCUGGGGGCGGGGCUAUCGAAUCUGGACUAUGCGCACGUGUGCAAGGAGAUGGGCAAGAGCGUUGGGGUGGGAUGAGGUUGAGUGCGGUGGAGUGUGGCGGAGUGCGGUUCAGUGCGGUGGGAGGGGGUGUGCUGCUGGGGGCGGGGCUAUCGAAUCUGGACUAUGCGCACGUAUGCAAGGAGAUGGGCAAGAGCGUGUGGGCGCCUGAGCUCUUCAACUGCUCCACUCCCGACACAGGCAACAUGGAGGUUCUCUUGCGGUACGGCAACGAGCAGCAGCAGCGGGAGUGGCUGGUGCCUCUGCUGGAGGGCAAGAUCCGCUCGUGCUUCGCCAUGACGGAACCAAGAGUGGCUUCAAGUGACGCCACCAACAUUGAGGCGCGGAUAGAGAGUACCGGAGACCACUACAUCUUGCACGGCCACAAGUGGUGGGCCAGUGGAGCCAGCGACCCGCGCUGCCAGCUCGCCAUCUUCAUGGGCAAGCACCCGCAGCGAGCUGCUCCUUCUGGGCCCCUCUCCGCGCCCGCACACAGGCAGCAGUCCAUGCUGCUGGUGCCCAUGGGUGCCCCUGGGGUGACGGUGGUGCGGCCGCUGCUGGUGUUUGGGUAUGAUGAUGCGCCGCACGGGCACUCUGAGGUGCUGUUUGAGGGGGUUAGGGUGCCCAAGACUAACGUGCUACUAGGUGAAGGACGCGGCUUCGAGAUUGCCCAGGGUCGGUUGGGUCCUGGUCGGCUGCACCACUGCAUGCGACUCAUAGGAGCCACAGAGCGAGCCAUGCACUGCAUGCUCCAGCGCGCUCUCUCGCGGGUGGCGUUUGGGCGGCCGCUGGGCGGCAACGAGUCGGUGGUGCGGGAUACUGCCGAAUGCCGCAUCACGCUGGAGGCGGCACGGCUGCUGGUGCUGCAGGCGGCAGCUGAGUUGGAUGCCAAGGGGAACAAGGAGGCACGGAUUGCUAUCGCCAUGGCCAAGGUGAGAGGGUCACGGGCCAAGGGGAACAAGGAGGCACGGAUUGCUAUUGCCAUGGCCAAGGUGGCCGCCCCCCGGGCAGCGCAGAAAGUUUUGGACAGGGCGAUCCAGGUGCACGGGGGCGGGGGAGUGAGCUCGGACUUCCCUCUUGCCCGCCUGUGGACCGCCGCCCGCACUCUGCGCAUCGCUGACGGUCCCGACGAGGUGCAUCUGGCCUCGAUUGGAAAGAAGGAGCUGCGGGACUGGCAGAGGAAGAUGAUGAUGAGGGAUGGGAGGAGUGGCAGCUCGGAAUUGGAGGCGGAGGGUGGAAUGGGGGGAGUGAGCUCGGACUUCCCUCUUGCCCGCCUGUGGACCGCCACCCGCACUCUGCGCAUCGCUGACGGUCCAGAUGAGGUGCAUCUGGCCUCGAUUGGCAAGAAGGAGCUGCGGGUUUGGCAGAGAAAGAUGAUGAUGAGGGGUGGGAGGAGUGGCAGCUCUGGUGGGGUUGCGGGUGGGGCUUCAUCUCGGCUGUAG